UCUAGACUACCAUUUAUUAACUACAAUAUAGUCAUUAUAGUGGUUAAAACCAAGUAGGUUAACCAACAACCGGGUUUACUUCGAGCUAUCUACACAGGAUAUAGCCAGACUAAGGCAGGUAUGGUGAAGCCGUCCUGUCUGGUGAAGCCGGUUUCCUUGAAUUGGAUCCCCGGCCGUUACCUCGCCCAUCAGGAGUCUCUGCCGAAGCUUCCAGUGCCACCACUGAAUCAGACAUGCGAUCGAUAUUUGGCUGCACUAGAGCCCAUUGUGGGUGCUGAAGACUUAAACCAUACACGACAGCUUGUGGAGGAGUUCCAGCUGCCUGGAGGAGUGGGCGAGAGACUGCAGAAGAGUCUGGAACACCGGGCAAGCAAGCUGGAGAACUGGCUCUCGGACUGGUGGUUGAAAGUGGCCUAUCUGGAUUAUCGAAUGCCUGUGGUUGUACACUCGAGUCCCGGAGUCGUCCUUCCUCGCUUAGAAUUCAGUGACCGCCAGGGUCAAAUAAGGCAUGCUGCUAAAUUGAUAGCUGGAGUUCUGGAUUUUAAGACCAUGAUUGACCAUGAGACAUUGCCAGUGGAGUACCUGGGUGGAAAAGCACUGUGUAUGAACCAGUAUUACCGGGUCCUGUCUUCAUGUCGCAUACCAGGAGCCCCGAGAGACUCUGUGGUUAAUCACGCUUUGAGCAAGACGCCUCCUACUCACAUCACUGUGGUGCACAACUUCCAGUUCUUCAUGCUGGACGUGUACAACAGUGAUGGCUCACCACUGACCGUGGAUCAGCUCUGUGUUCAGCUGGAGAAAAUCUUGAACUCCUCCCUGCAAAACAGCGAGGAGCCGAUCGGCAUUCUUACUUCCAACCACCGAAACAGCUGGGCCAAAGCUUACACCAACCUUAUUAAAGACAAAACAAACAAGGAGUCAGUACAGGCCAUUCAAAAGAGCAUUUUCGCUGUGUGUCUGGACGCUCCAAUGCCUCAAGUCUCAGACGAGAUGUACCGUUCUCAAGCAGCUGUGCAGAUGUUGCAUGGAGGAGGCAGCCGAUGGAAUAGCGGAAACCGCUGGUUCGACAAAACACUUCAGUUUAUUAUCGGUGAGGACGGGACAUGCGGUGUGAUCUAUGAACACGCCCCUGCAGAAGGUCCACCAAUCGUAGCACUAAUUGACCAUGUGGUGGAGUACACGAAGAAGACCGAGACGGGUCGUACUCCCAUGGUCCCACUGCCCACGCCUCAGAAACUGAGUUUUAACAUCACACCGGAGAUUAAGAGUGACAUCGAGGAGGCCAAGCAGAACAUAAACACAAUGGUUCACGACUUGGAUGUGAAGGUCAUUGUGUUUUCCCAUUUUGGUAAAAAUGUGCCGAAGUCUUUUAAGAUGAGCCCGGAUGCUUUUAUUCAGGUUGCUCUACAGUUAGCUUAUUACAAAAUGUACAAGCGUUGUUGUUCCACCUAUGAGAGCGCCUCUCUGCGCAUGUUCAAACUGGGUAGAACCGACACCAUUCGCUCAGCAUCUAUCGACUCAGCCAACUUUGUUCGAGCCAUGGAUGACCCCGCCAAACAGAAUUUGGAGAAGGUGACCUUACUGCAGAAAGCAGUAAAGGCACAUAGAGCGUACACAGACAUGGCGAUCCGAGGGCAAGCUUUAGACAGGCAUUUGCUCGGCUUGAAGCUGCAAGCUGUUGAAGACUUGCCAGCAGUGCCAGACAUCUUCAUGGACAAGUCAUACUCUAAAGCCAACCAUUACAACCUCUCAACUAGCCAGGUCCCUGCUAAGACAGACUGCGUUAUGUGUUUCGGCCCUGUUGUGCCAGACGGCUAUGGUGUCUGCUAUAAUCCCAUGGAGGGGCACAUCAACUUCGCUGUUUCUGCUUUUAACAGCUGUGCGGAUACCAACACCAGCCAGUUGGCCCAUGCUCUGGAGGACGCUCUGCUGGAUAUGAAGAACCUGCUCGAGCAGACACCCAAAGCCAAGCUGUGAGGACUCUUCUCAUCACUGUAUGCAGCUGAUCCUGCCCUGAAGUGCUUUAGAUGAUAUUAGGUCCAAUGUGAGGUUUGGAUCCAGUAACCUGGUGUUAGAUUGGUUAUGAAUGUAAAUCACUUUGCUAAAUGCUGUUCUUUGGUCUUCACACCAAAAUCAUGAGACUUUUGAUUCUGCUUUACAGAACUGCUAAUUAAGAUCCAUUAAAAUGAGAAGUCCUUUUUGGCCAGUACAGUCAGUUUAAGGUGGUUAAGGUAGUGAAUUACUAAUCAGAAGGUUGUAAAGCCCCAUCACAGCUAGAUUGCUACUGUUAGACUCCAGAGAAAGGCACCUAACCCCUUAAUUGUUCAAACUGUGUUCAGUUAUAUUUAUGAAGUCAAGUCAAAUUGUGUUCAAAUUCAGUAAGACCCGUUUAUGCCUUUAUGUCUUUCUGUAAAUUCAUGUAAUUAUCUAUUUUAAUAGCACUUAUCUAAAAGCUGUAACUUGUAAUUUUAUUACAACAUAUGGAUGCACUA